GAUUGUCCCACCUCAGCCUCCUGAGUAGCUGGGAUUACAGGCGCCCGCCCCCGUGCCCGGCUAAUUUUUGUAUUUUCAGUAGAGACGGGGUUUCACCAUGUUGGCCAGUCUGGUCUCAAACUCCUGACUUCAAGUGAUCCGUCCGCCUCGGCCCCCCGAAGUGCUGAGAUUACAGGCGUGAGCCACCGCGCCUGGCCAUUUAAUUAACUCUAAUACUGUUUCUCCUGUAAGAUGAACUAGCUAUGAGAGGUUUCUGGGAUAUUGGUUCACUCAGCAAGGAUUUUAAAAAAUGCCUUCCAUGUGCCAGACGCUGUUGUAGGUACCAGGAAUAUGGCAGUUAAAUUAAGAGGGUGAAGGUUUCUGCUCUGAUAGAGUUUAUAUUUUAAGUGUGAGAGGACAGACCAGAUAGACAGAUAGAUGUAAAUUAAAUAAUUAAAUAGAUCAUUUUACAUACUGUAGCGCUAUAGAGAAAAUAUAGCUGGAUGGGUGAUAGUGACUUGGGAAUGGGGGUGGCUACUCUGGAUAGGGUAGGUUAAGGAGACAUCUCGAGAUGUAGAAGGGGCUAGUGCUUUUUAAGAACUGAAAGAUCAGUGAAGAAGGGGAGCUUAGUGACUGAGGAGUAGUGUGGCACUAGAUGGGGUCUGAGAAUUACACAGGAAUAUGUGGAGCCUGUAGGCCAUGGUAAAGCCUUUUUUCUACUCUUCUGGUGAUUUAAGGCCAUUGUAAAGUUUUGAGCAUGGGAGUUGGUAGCAAAAUAAGAUUUAUAUUUUUAUGGGAUUACUCUGGCUGUUGAGAGGAGAAAAAGACAUGAAUCUGAGAGGCCCCUUCGGAAGGUAUUGCAAUAGUUCAGAGGAGAGAUGGUGAUAGCUUGGACCCUCAGUGGAGGUGGUAAAAAGUGGUUGGGUCAGAUACACUGCUUGGUGGUAGAAUGAACAGAAUUUGCUCAGGACUGCAGGAUGUGGGAGAGGAGUUAAUUACACCCCUAUGAUUUUUUACCUCAGCACUUGGGUGAGUUGUAGAGUUGUGAGUUGGGUGAGUUCUAAAGUGGGAAAUACUAGGAGAGGAGCAAAUUUCAAAGGAGGAAAUGAAGAGUUCUGGUUUGGAUAUGUUAAGUUUGAGCUGCCAAACAUCCAGGGAUGUGGAGUGGACAGUUGGAUAUAUGAUAUGAAGCUCAGGAGUCAUCAAUGAGUAAAUAGUAUUAAAACUAUGGCUCUGAUUGAGAUAGCUUAGGUGAUGACUGUAGGUAGAACAGAGGAAGAUUAGAGUCCUGAGCACACCAAAGUUUAGUGGUACAGAAAAGACGGCAGGUGAAGCAAAACAGAUGAAGAAACAGUGGCCAAUGUUACACUCUGUUCAAAGCCAAGUGAAGAAGGGAGUGAGAAAGUGUGAAAAGAGAGAAGAUGAGGACUGAGAAUUGUCUUUUGGACUUGAAAAUGUGGAGGUUACUGGUCACUUUGUCAAAUGGGGAUUCCAUGGAGUACUGAAAGUGAAAGGCUGAUGGGAUCAGAGUGAAGAGAAUAUGGGAGGGAAGGAAGUCUAGACAGCAGCUAUAGACAAUUUUUGCAAGACAUUUUUUAUGUGCAGAGAAAUGGGACCCUUUUAGGAGGGAAAUGUGAAGUUGGAGGGUUUUAUUUUUAAGAUGACCACUUUUAUGACAUUUUUGUAUGCUGAUCAGGUUGAGAAAAUUAAAAAUGGGUUAUUCAGCAGAGAAAGGGGAUAAUUGCAGGAGCAAGUCCUUAAGUAGACUAGAAGGGUGCCCAAGUGGAGGAGUUAACUGUAGGAACAAUAACAGUUUAUGUACAGUAAUAGAGUGACGGGUACAGCUGCAAGUAAAUUGGAAGAUUUGAUGAUAGGAGGUUGUGGAACUUCACUUUUGACUUAUUUUUUCAAUGAAAUAAAAAGCAAGGCCGUCAGCGAAGAGAGAGUGGGAGAAAAAGGCUUGAGGAGAGAAGAUGAGGAAACAAGGCUCCAGAGGGAAGAUCACCUGCCUGGUGUCAGCUUGCUCACUGGAUUUUUCACUAACCUUGGACCAUAUAUUUGCCAGGAAGAAUGUAAGUUCUCCAACAUCUUCAAAUAAAGAAGUGGUUAUGAAGAAUGAUCAGAAUAAUGGAGGUACGAAACCAGUCCAGAAUUUCACAACAAUACCAAUCACACAGGCUCUCAACUACAAUCUGAGCAAAGAAGGGCAUUUAGAAAAAGAACCUUGGAAUGCAUUCAGCCAUCAUGGCCCAGUUAAUGUCUCCAUCGAUGGAAUUUCUUGCAUUCUCUUCUGGGCCAAAAGAAUCACGAUUAAAUUUAAGAAUCAAACCUGGCUGGACCUUACAGACGAGGCAUUUGGUCAGAAGGUAACAGUGGACCCUGACAACUCAAAUUGCACUGAAGAAAGUGCUAGGUUGUCUUUGAAGCUUGGUGAUGCUGGAAACCCCAGAGGUCUUGCUAUAAGUUUCAGAUUCAUCCUUACCAAUUACAACAAGUUGUCCAUCCAGAGCUGGUUUACUUUGCGCCGAGUCGAGAUCGUUUCCAACAAUUCAAUCCAAGCAGUCUUUAACCCAACUGGCAUACAUGCUCCCUCUGGUUACUCCUACCGCUGCCAAUGCGUGGGCAACCUGCCGCGGGACCAGGCCCUCUUGCUGCCCAGCGACACGGAUGAUGGGUCGAGCCUGUGGGAGGUCACUCUUAUUGAUUUCCAGAUCCAAGGUUUUGCCAUCAAGGGGGCACGAUUUACAAAGGCCCAAGACUGCGCCGCCUCCUUCUCGCCAGCUAUUCUGAUUGGCCUGGCAACGUCCCUGAUCCUGCUGCUGGUGUUGGCCUACGCCUUGCACAUGCUCAUCUACCUGCAGUAUCUGGCCCAGCACUACGAUCUCAUCGCCUCUCCUGCCCACUUCCCGCAGCUGAAAGCUCGAGACACAGCUGACGAGAAGGAGCUGCUGAGGAGCCAGGGGGCUGCAUGCUAUGAACUGAGAAGCCAACAGAUCAGCAAAAUCUAUGUUUAGCAGCACAGGCUGGCCCCCACCACAUCCACAGUGGGCUCCGAAAGUUGUUUCUGUUCUACGCUAUUUGACUUGUGAAUUACAGAUUUUCACCAAAUGGAUUGAUUACAAAAGAAAAAAAAAAAAAGAAAAAACAGAAAAAGGAAAUAUAUAAUGAAUUCUUUUUGAACCAUCCUCUGGCCUACGUAGGUAGACUUGGGGCAAUGAAAAAAGGCAUCUCAGGGACCCCACAAAGACAAAUAUGACUGUUAGUUGCCUCAAAGUACCCUGAAAACAAAGGAGUAUUUCAAGUAGGGAAAAAGAAAGAGAAAGAGAGAGAGAGAAAGAAAAAGAAGAAGGAGGAGGAGGAGGGGAGGAAGGGAGGGAGAGAUGGAGGGAGAGAGAGAGAAAGAUUGGCAACACAGAGAAAGGAAAACACACUCGGUCCUCCUUGCCUGUGCCAGUUUGGAUGUGAUAAUUAUAGAAAUAAUAAACCCAAGAUUAUCUGGAGGUUCAUAAUUUAAACUAUUUUGUAACAUAAUUUGCAUUUCUAGAUAUUAUGUCCCAAUUUUGUUUUAAAAAUAGUCUUUUUCUCUUUCACAGAAAUGUUGAGGGAGGACUCCAGUCCAUGUGGCAGAGCACUUUAUUUAAGGACCUUCUUGUCCUUUACUUUGCUGUUCAGAAGCAGUACAGCUCCAUCUGUGAAGUAGGGGUAAUAGUCUUGGCCAUAUUUUACCUUUCCAUCUGGUCAAGGUGCCAGCGUUGUCUCAUUUGUCUGAUUUAGACCUCUUUGAGCUCUCAUAGGUCCACUUGGAAUAAACAAUAGAGCGAAGCAAUAACAGUGUGCUUGCUAUGCAAACACAGCUUUGAGACAUAUCCCCUGAUCUUCCUUCCAAUGAGAUAGUGUCCUCUAAAUGCCUCCUUAAUAGAAAUUCUAGAGCUACCACUGAUGUUCUUACUGUCACUGUCUUUCAUAUGCAUUCCUCAGCAUCCUUUUCAGCUCUUGGCAGAUACUGAAGAUUGAUUCACUCUUCAUCCUCACCAAAGCGUCUCUAAUAAUAUGCCUUCGGUCUUAAAGAGAUCUUAAAUAUAAAGAUGACAUUGCAUUUUCCCAGCUAGGGUUCGGUACAGGACCUAGGUUCUACAAGAAGAUACUCCUACACAAAACUUAGAAUGCAGACGGAAACCAUGUGCAGUGGAGGGUCACACACAGAGCAAGAGAAUCUUCUGGGCAGCUGUCAUGAUGGGUCUGCUGUCUAGUCCCAUCCUAGGUGGCAAGCAGUAGAUGAUAAUGACAGCGAGUUUUCUGAUGGGACAGUCUCAUGUUGGGCAUUUAUUUUGGCUGCAAUUUUCUUGGCUAUGAAUGUACGUUUGGUUCUGGCCCUCUCAGAAUUCUGUAAGAUCCCAUACUUUAUAGUAAAUUUCUUUCUGUUUUAA